ACUCAGACCGCCCCCUCGUGAUUGCGGAAGUGUAACUUGUGGAAGUUCACCCUGCUGUCUCUGAGAAUCAGUUGCUCUUGUAGCUGCUGUUCCGCUACGGGUCAGAAAUAGAUAAUAAUAUCACACAGGAAUGUCUUUGUCUUUCGAGGGAAGAGUCGUGCUUGUCACCGGGGCCGGAGGAGGCCUUGGCAGAGAAUAUGCACUGGCUUUUGCUGAAAGAGGAGCCUCAGUUGUAGUGAAUGACCUUGGGGCAGACACUAAAGGGGGUGGAAAGAGUUCUGCAGCUGCUGAUAAGGUGGUGGAGGAGAUAAGAGCGAAGGGAGGCAAGGCCGUGGCAAACUAUGAUUCUGUAGAAGAUGGAGAAAAACUGAUUCAGACAGCGCUGGAUACAUUUGGAAGAAUAGACGUUGUUGUAAACAAUGCUGGGAUUCUUCGUGACCGAUCAUUUGCCAGGACGAGUGAUUUGGACUGGGACCUGAUUCAAAGAGUUCACUUGAGAGGCUCCUUCCUGGUGACUCGAGCUGCCUGGAAUCACAUGAAAAACCAAAAGUUUGGCAGAAUCAUCAUGACGGCUUCAGCCGCAGGCAUCUAUGGUAACUUCGGCCAGGCCAACUACAGCGCUGCCAAGCUGGGCAUGCUGGGGCUGUCUAACACCUUGGCCAUUGAAGGACGCAAGUACAACAUCCACUGCAACACUAUUGCCCCUGUUGCAGGGUCACGCCUCACAGAGACUGUCAUGCCCCCAGAUCUUGUGGCAUCUCUGAAGCCCGAGUAUGUUGCUCCCCUGGUCCUCUGGCUUUGUCAUGAUCAGUGUCAAGAAAAUGGUGGACUGUUUGAGGUCGGUGCAGGCUGGAUUGGUAAAUUGCGCUGGGAGCGUUCUCAGGGCGACAUUGUGAGACAGAAGAACCAACCCAUGAAUCCUGAGGCUGUCAGGGACCAGUGGGAAAAAAUCUGUGAUUUUACAGAUGCCACCAAGCCUACUAAUAUUCAAGAGUCUCUACAGUCAAUUGUGAGUGUGCUGUCUCGAGUGGAGUCAGAGGGAGAAGUUGGUGCAAAUCCAACAGCUGCUGCAGCGUCUGCAACCUCGACUUCAGGGAUCAAUCCUGCUGAGGCAGUGGGACAAAAAUUACCACCAUCCACGUUCAGCUUCAACCACACACAGUGUAUCCUCUAUGCACUGGGGGUCGGCAUGUCCACCAAAGACCCGGACCAUCUUAGGUUCCUGUAUGAAGGCCACCCAGACUUCAGCUGCCUCCCCACCUUUGGGGUCAUUCCCUCUCAGGCAGCCAUGAUGGAUGGCGGGCUGAGCUCAGUCCCUGGACUCAACAUCGACUUUACACAGGUAUUGCAUGGAGAGCAGUAUCUGGAGCUUUACAAACCUCUACCAACCUCAGGUCAGCUCACCUCUGAGGCCACCAUAGCUGAUGUGUUGGACAAAGGGUCUGGAGCUGUCAUCCUCUUGGAUGUGAACACCUACAGUGGCAACGAGCUGGUGUGCUACAAUCAGUUUUCAGUGUUUGUGGUUGGAGCUGGAGGCUUUGGAGGCAAGAGAACCUCUGAGAAAGCCAAAGCUCCUCUGCCGCCACCUCAACGGGCACCAGAUGCUGUGGUGAUUGAUUCUACCACAAGAGACCAAGCAGCCUUAUACCGUUUGAGUGGAGACUGGAACCCUCUGCAUAUAGACCCCAGCUUUGCUGCCAUGGGAGGCUUUAAAGCUCCCAUCCUGCAUGGCUUGUGCUCAUUUGGCUUCGCUGCGAGACAUGUCCUCAAGCAGUUUGCUGACAACGACCCCUCCAGAUUCAAGGCUAUCAAGGUUCGCUUUGUGAAGCCAGUGAUGCCAGGUCAGUCACUACAGACUGAGAUGUGGAAGGAAGGCAACAGGAUUCACAUCCAGUGCAAAGUGAAAGAGACAGAUGCCGUUGUGCUAUCGGGGGCCUACGUGGAUUUACACGCUGCAUCGGGUGCUUCUCCAGAAAAUCUUCCUCAAGGAGGAGGAGGCCUUCAGAGUGAGCUGGUGUUUGCAGAGAUCGGCCGUCGUAUUAAAGACUUGGGCUCUGAGUUGGUCAAGAAGGUGAAUGCUGUGUUCAGCUGGGAGAUCACAAAAGAUGGCAAGAACAGUGCACAGUGGACCAUUGAUCUGAAGAACGGCAGCGGCUCCCUGCACAAAGGCCCCUACAAUGGGAAGGCAGAUGUGACCUUCGCAGUGUCAGAUGAAGACUUCAUGGAGGUUGUGCAGGGGAAACUCAACCCUCAGAAGGCGUUCUUCUCUGGCAAGCUGAAGGUUAGAGGGAACAUCAUGCUGAGUCAGAAGCUGGAGGUCAUCCUGAAGGACUACGCCAAGCUGUGAGAUGACUUUAAGAGCUAACCAACCUACCGGCUCUCUCCGUCUGUCCACUUUUCUUGUCCUGAUUCAUGUGUGCGUACUUAACAUGCUUUGCCUCCAAGGAGAAAUGCAGAAAAAUUACCCAGUAAGAUUAUAAGGACCACUUAGGAAUGAAUUCUCUCAUUUGAAUUAACUUUUCACUGCAGUUGUAAAAUGUUGAUCAAAUAUGAAAUGUCCUUCAUUGUAUCACAUUUUGAGUAAUAGGAAUGAGUUUUUGUCAUGGCAAUAGGAGGAGCAAUAAUUCAAGGUUAUUUCAGAUGGUUAGAGUUUAACUUGGUUGGUCCGCCCUCACUAAAUAUGCACUUACCACGCCUGCCUUUAAAGAUCAAAGGGGGAAAUUAACCAUUGGUCUUCAUGAAUCCAUUAAAUGAUGCUGUUUCAAUCAGUCAUUGUAUACUUCUAUUAGUACAAGCAUCUAUUAGAGUGAGGAACCACUACCAUUUGGUAGAUGUACUGGGUGAAGUGAUAACGAUUAAAAUCUAAACCAGUUUUCAAUCUCAGCUUGACUAUUCAGCAGUCUGUUAUUUCCUCAUAAUGACUAAUUGACCUUAAGUCAGUAGUUCAUGUACCUGAUACUGUAAUCACAACAGACACUUUGAGAUGGAUAGUUAUGUAGAGCUUGCUAGUUCUGAAAAUAAUGGGAUUCACUUUUUUUAUAAUUUCAGUGCAGUUGUAAUGUAAUCAAUGAUUGCGCUUCUGUGAAAAUAAACUAAUUCAGAACCUC